UUUCUGACCACUCUGUCAUAAUUUUCCUCGUUAUUUUUCCCAAAAACUGAAAAGGAACGUCAAGAGAAGAAACCCUAGAGAGACUCAACCAUGGGGACGCCAGAGACCUCGAGGGAGCCCUGCCCGGACCGAAUCCUUGACGACAUCGGCGGCGCGUUUGCCAUGGGGGCCGUGGGCGGCUCGGCCUUCCACUUCCUCAAGGGCGUCUACAACUCCCCCGGCGGGACUCGCGUUCUCGGCGGCUCGCAGGCGGUGCGGCUCAACGCGCCGCGCGUCGGCGGAAGCUUCGCAGUCUGGGGCGGCCUCUUCUCCGCCUUCGACUGCACCAUGGUCUUCGUGCGCCAGAAGGAGGACCCCUGGAACUCCAUCGUGGCCGGCGCCGCCACCGGAGGCUUCCUCUCCAUGCGACAAGGGCUCGGCGCCUCAGCUCGAUCGGCGGCUUUCGGCGGCGUCCUCUUGGCGCUCAUCGAAGGCGCCGGGAUCAUGCUAAAUCGCAUGUUCAGCGCGCAGCAACAGAUUCCCGUGCUCAUCGAAGAGCCCGGGCCCAAUAUGCCCCCGCUCCCGAGCUUCAUGGGCCAGGCCCAGAACAUGCCGGAACCGGCCUCGGUGACCGGGUCGUCUUCUCCGGAUUCGGGUUCGGGGUGGCUUGGAGGGUGGUUUGGCGGUGCGAAGAAGGAGUCGUCGGCGGGGACGAGUAGCGGAAGCGAGACGAAGAUCUUGGAGAGCUUCGAUGCGCCUCCCGUGCCGAGUUUUGAGUACAAGUGAAAAAUGGAGGUAUGGUUUUGGACCAGGGAAGGCGAGGGUUUAUGUUAGGUUUUGUAUCGGGCUUGCAAUUUAUAUUACAAUUGUUCUUCUUUCGGUAAGAUUAUAGUAGUAGCGCUGUAUAAUAAUGCUUCUUUCUAACGUUGUAUUUUUGGAUUUUGAUUGGGAGCUAAAACAUUUAUUGUGUUUUGGGUUACUAUUCA